AUGGAUAAAACCUAUGUAAAAUCUGUCAUAGAUGGACUUAAAUCUUCAUCUUCAACUAAAAUACAAGAAAGUUUGUUGAAGAUUAGAAGUAAAAUCGCAGUGAACGAUGCGGGAAUAAAAUUAUUUCGGGAAUGUGAUGGUUUAGAUUACUUGCUGCCACAUCUGCGUAAGCCUAACGAAAGAAUUCUCGACAUUACGCUUAGUAUUUUAGGCAAUUGUUGUUUAGAAGAAGAAAGCAGUCUAGCGGUGGGCAAAUUAAAUACAUUUGGACCUCUUGUGAAUAUUCUGAAGACAGUAUGUCGUGACAGCAUUGUAGGGAGAGCCUGUCGCUUGGUAGGCAACCUAGCACAAAGGAUCAGCAAUGCAGAAAUCCUGCAUAAUCAUGGGACAGUUAGUGCUUUGGUUACCCUUAUUGAGAGUAGGGAUAAAAACACAUCAUACCCUACUUUAACUAUGGCUGUGAGAGCCAUUAGACAACUCUGGAUGGUGAUUGACAAGAGGGAUGAGAUGCUCAGUCUAAACACAGUCCGCUGUGUAGCUAUCCUGUUAACUACUGAAUGUGAAUCUGCUGGGAUAAUAAAAUCAGCCAAUCCUGCAAAAGAAACCGAAGGGCUUAGGAAGAGCCAAGAAGAGCUAAUUACUGGCAUUUUGAAAUGUUUGGGUUACUUUACUACUCAUACUGCUUCUCUAUGUGCUGAGCAGAUGCAAGGCGAUGGCAGAGGAUAUCAAUGUUUAGUAGCAUUAACAAAAAUAUAUGAGUCUUUAGCUCUCAAAUGUUUGAUGAAUCUGUGCUACUUAUCAUCCUGUCGGCCAUUGCUAGGCACUGCGGGUUUAGUAGAGUGUUUAGUUGGAAUAUUGCAGAAAAUUUCAGAUGUAGCAUGGUGGCCAGAAGGAACUGCACGAGCUCUAGCUCAACUGAGUGGCGAAUCUGUCAAUCGCUCACGACUGCGCUGUUGUACUGGUUUGCCGCUUCUUGUAACGGCGGCAAGAAGUAACCCUUACGCUAUGCACGCACUCUUGCAAUAUGUUUUUGACGAUACUUCAUUCCAAAUACUGGUUAACGAAGGAUUAAUAAACCUACUUACUGAUGAACUCACAAAAUAUUUGGCUACAAUGAAUUUUGAACAUUCUCAUUUGGAAAAUGUUAGUAUGUUAAAUGAGACUAUUGCUUCAAAUGAAGAAAAGGGGAAAGAUUCUAAAGGUGAAUGUGAAACAACAACUAAGUAUGAUACUUCUACUUCUGAAGCGAAAGGAAGCCUCUUCAUGAGGCGAAGAAGUCAACUCUCAUCAAAGAAUGAAGAUGAAUUAAAAGUUGUAAUAGAAAGGGAUAACAUGAUAGUCGGGUUUGUUGAUGCAGUUGAUAGUGACGCAAGUGACGAUAGUCAUAGUGACGAUGAGAAUCUGCUACCAAAGCGGAAAUCCUUUAAAAGAGCGAGGUCUCGGAGCCCAAUAAUUGCUAAGAAAUCACAGCUAAUCAAAAUGGCUUGUAAAGAUUGGUCAGCAGGUGUAUACUGGGAACCAAAGAGCCCUGAAUGGCCGUCGAUAUCCCAACAGCCAGGGUCUCAUUCUGCAAUGAGCCCUGACCGUUCGGACUAUGGUCCUUUGUCACCAUACUCGGAUGGUCACCAAUCGGGAUUCAGUCCCGAAUACAGAGGGUUUUCAAACAAAAGAGCUAGAUGGGACUGGAGUCCUGAGUCAGGCAUUAGUAUAGGCGAAGGAAGCACACCUUCUCCUUACUGGACAGAGUACCAGUGGAGCCCAAAUAGUUCCGGACCUACUACUCCUUUCAGUGCAAAUGAAGAGAGUUCAGAUUCCGAAAUAUCUGGACGCUAUUCGCCAGUGUGUAGUGACGCGGAGAUUGAGGCAGGACCAAUAGGAAGUGAAGAUGCAGUAGAUAUGACAGCGGGCAGGCGCGCCGCGAACGAGCUGAACGCGGCCCAAGUCGCUCACGAUCUUGACGAACUUAUUAUGGAAGACGAUGAAAGUGUCGAUGAGGAAGCGCCUUUAGAAGAAGACAAUAACAAAAUGGACACCAACACAAAGUCGUCACGCAUUGCCUGUAUCUUAGUGUUGUUGUUCCGUGUAUCGCACGGUGCGUGCAGUUCUUACGGAGCGAUUCGUGAGGAACCUGUGUCGAACCAUACGUUGGAGUUGUUGACUGGGAGAGAAUGCUUAAAUGCCCUAUUGGACUAUGUGGAGAGAUGUAAAAGACCUUUGGGUCGGGCUGCAAGGAUUCUUGCUCGCGUAUUAAGCAAUGCUCUAUGUCUAAUGAGCAUACUAAAACACAGGCUGGCUCUGCGGCUUCAUAAGAUGUCUGUCAGUUCGAGGCACCCUCCUGCUAAGUGCCUUCAAUGUAAACAAAUAAUACGACUAAGUGCGAAAUUAUUAACUCAGCUGACAAUAUUAGCGGAGUCUAGUUACGGUAUCGGCGAAAUCAGUUACCAGUUACUCAAAGGAACGCCUUCUAUGAAGCAAACCUUGUCACUUACACUGCCGUAUAUCGUAAGAACUGAGAAAGCUUUGAAGAAAUACUUCAUUGAUUGCAGCGCGCUAAAUCUACUCUUUGCAAUCAUAUCCGAAUCCAAAGAAGAACUUCAUGAUUGCGUCACAGCUUUAAUGAAACUCGCCUCUAAUGUUAAUAUUAAAGACCCAAAAACUUUAGAAAACAGAUUUAAAGACAAAGUGUGUGUAGGUUACGAUCCUAUGUUAGACAAUUUAUCUGCGGACGAUAUAGUUACGUUUGAGCUAGAUGAUUUGUCCACUGUAAAGGCGAAUAAGGUGUUUUUAUGUCAGAACUCUGAAGUUUUCAGCGCAAUGCUAAUGGGAUGUUUUAAGGAAUCUAUAGAAAAGUGUGUGCGCCUUAAAAACGUGACGAAACCUGCCCUCGAAUACUUAUUUACGCUUCUACAAUGUGGGUUAGACAGCCUCAAAACUGAUAUUCAGAUAUUUCCGAUGACGGAUAGUUUAGAAAUUAAUUUGGAGGUUCUUCUACUAGCAGAUAGAUUUUUAUUUGAAAGGGUUAAAGAGUUAGUCAGUAGCGCUAUACUACAAUUUCAAUUAACGCCAGAAACUGCCGAUAAAAUCUACAUAUGGUCUCUAAGCGAAGGAAUGGGUUUCCUUUGCGUGGAGUCCACGGCGUAUAUACUUACUGGAAAAAUGGGAGAAUUGGACCGAACACGUUCAUUUCAAAAUAUUUUAAAUAUGAAAUACAAGGAUCAAUGGUUGGAUGAUAUUAAAAAUAUGAUUUUAAGGCAGUUGGUGAAAUAAAUUUGAGCCUUGUGAUUAAUUUAUGUAAAUCUAAUGUAUAAGCAUCCUGUAGUUUACCUAUGUAUAUAGUAUUAAUUUGCGUUGUAAUGAUUUGUAUUCAAUAUUAUUUUACAUUACUAUGUAAUAUAGAGCCUUUGUUACUUUACAUAACAUUAACUUAUCAGGGUAUAUUAUGUAUCUUUAAGAUGGGCAAGUUGCGAUGUAUAAUAAUAGUACAGGUCAAUUUAACACAUGCUUUUAUGAUAAUGUCUGUUUAAGUUAAGCAUUGGUUUUAAUUGUGAUUUAAAAUUUACAUGGUCCAGCAUUUAUCAUCGCCUCAGGUGACUUGUCUAUCUUAUCACACUACUGAACAUGCAUUUUUAUAUUAUAGAUAGAAACUGCUAAACACUACAUUUACUUAUUAAUUAAUUGAAAUUGAAAACUAUUUAGACAUCAAGUCAGUAUUUCAUGUUACAAUAGA